AUGAAAUCCCAAAAUCUCUUCUCGCUUACUGCGAGCAUUUUUGGACUUGCUGCGACCAUCUCCGCCAGCCCGUUGAUGAAGCGCGAUGAUUCUUGCCCAUCCGGAUAUACCUUGAGCGUGUACUAUGAGACUGUGCUUAUCACUGCUACCGCGACGUCUACCCCAGCACCUGAGAUCCCUACCAGUGCCAGCAUCACCAGCACUUAUAUUGAAACACCCACUUCCACAUACAAUGAUGUGGUGUCGACUUCAUCCAUCCAGACUUCUUCUGUGGUGUCUGUCCCCGAGACUACUAGCCUUGAAAGCGCAUUCCGUGUUGCUGCUGUUGCUACAUCAACCUCGGAUGCUCCUCAGAGCUUGAGUACUAUCACCACCGUGGCAGCUGUGGAAGAUAUUGCAACCUCAACAUCCUCUACAGUUCCUGCUACUACUGUGUUGUCCUCCUCGUCCUCAUCCUCCUCCUCCUCAUCUUCGUCUUCGUCUACUUCCUCUUCUACUUCAUCGACCUCGACUUCGACUUCGACUGCACCUUCAUCUUCGACUGUGUCUUCGUCUUCAGCCAGCGAGACUGCUGGAACCGCCACCUACUACGGCGGUAACCUCUCGGGUGGAACUUGCUCCUUUUCUGACUACACAUUGCCCAGUAGUCUCUUUGGUACGGCACUGUCAAUUGACCAAUGGGACAAUGCUGCCAACUGCGGUGCAUGUGUUGCCGUCAAGGGCCCCAACGGCGAGACCAUCAAAGCAAUGAUUGUCGACGAAUGCCCAAGCUGCGAAGCAAACCACUUUGACCUUUUCGAGGAUGCAUUUGGCGAAAUCGCGGAUAUCUCGGCCGGUAUCAUCGAUAUUGAUUGGGAGUUUACUUCCUGCGACCUGGACGGUGCCCUGAAGCUGCGCAAUAAAUCUGGUUCUUCCGAAUACUGGUUCUCUAUGCAAGUCGUCAAUGCCAAUGAGCCCGUUACUGCACUCGAGGUUAGUACCGAUGGAGGUAGUACUUGGACUAGUACUACCCGCCAAUCCUACAACUACUUCGAGUAUGCUUCGGGCUUUGAUACGGAUACCGUCGAUGUGCGUGUGACAGGUAAAAGCGGAAACACGGUGAUAGUGGAGGACGUCUCGUGUUCGACGACUUCGGAGAUCACUGCCGACUCAAACCUAUAA